AAUCGGAAAGCUCCAUAGACAGCGACAGCGACAGCCCACCCUUCCACCCUUCCACCCUUCCUGCCUAGGUACAAAUACAAAGUACUUAUCCCAAGGCACGCACUUCAAUGUCUUACCUAGGUAUGUUAGGUACUGCGGAGUACCUGACGUACACGCUACAUGCUCAACCUAGCAGCCUCGUGUCUAAAACGCCCACUAUGUAGGUACCUAUGUAUGUACAUACGUGUACCCACCGCAUUCGUUAUCCCGGGAGAUAUAUCUUAUUAGUGCCAUGUACUCGUACAUCUAUGUAUUUAAUAUUUAGCACUUACAUGUACAUAUGUAAGUAUUUGAUAGCUUCACUCAUGCCUAAAGAUCGCGAAUGAGACAUAUACAAUGGACGAUUUUCGGAUCUUCACAUCUAUACGAUAUGAUCCUGCCCUCUUAAAAGUACCAGAAUUAGGAUAUGUCAAUACCGGAUGGAAUCAGAAUUCUUCCCCCUUCUAUAUGCUUGACUUACACCGAGACCGCAUGCUAAGAGCUGCCGUCUACUGGCAAUGGUCAGCCGCAGUCGCCGUCGUUUCUGGUGAGGAAGGCUUGAGAAACCUGCAGAGGUUCCUUCAGAACAUUACUAGCGGAGUUGGCAACGGCCCGCAUCGAAUAAUGCUUAGCCUAGCUCAGAACGGAACUCUAGAUUAUCAAAUCUCUCCUCUUCCAGAGACACAUCUGAAUAAUCUAUAUCCAGAAUAUCUACCGAGACUAGAUCGCGAGGACUUACCCGAAGGAGGAGACGGCAAGGUUCCAAUCAAGGAUCCUGUAUACGACAUCUUCCUUGAUAGUCAGAAGACUUCAAAAUCCGAGUUCACCCAUUACAAAACUACUUUUAGAGACAUGUAUAAUGAUGCAAGGAGACGGGCUCAAAUAAAUCUAGGCGAUAGGAAAGAAGUGCUCCUCGUCAAUGAUGAUAGGCAUAUUAUGGAGGGUAGUAUUAGUACCCCCUAUUUCUGGAGAGACGGGAAAUGGGUCACUCCCCCUAUUCCCACGCAAUAUCGCGCUUCUGAAGGGAGUGGUGGAAAUAACGGCACAACAAGAAGAUGGGCUUUAGAGAGGAAUCUUGUUGUGGAACAAGUCGUUCCUGCAGAUUCGCUGGUCGACGGCGAAGAAUGCUGGAUAAGUAACGGUCUUCGAGGGUUCAUCUUUGGAACAGUGAAACUACAAUAAAUCACAAUUCUUGUUGUAGGCCAUCUGGGUGAUCUAUUCGAUAUAGAUAUAGCAACAUACUUGAAGGUUUGUCUCUGCCUUCUUAAGACGCUCUAACGAUCCGCUGAACGAAGUUCUUGAGGACAUGGUGUUUGAGGAUACAUCAAAAUAAAUGCGCAGGUGGCAUACGAAAGAUGGUACUAUAGAUACCUAGCACCCUCGCAGUUGACGUAUUACUGCAAGAUUCUCGAGUAGUAGUUGCUUAUAAUUUAAUUUCCGCAGUGACAUACUUCACAUGUUAUCUGUUAAAAGUUUGGUCCUGUGCAGCUGAGCCUCAAUCUUGUUUAAUAUAACUUUGACACUUACCACCUGGUACAAAGUUUCAUACCUCCGGCAAAUAGGUAGUCGAGUUUUAACUUGUACAUCAUGAAAUAAGGAAGGAGAUAUUUAUAGAGGUAAUAGAACACCGGUGGUAGUCUUCUUAUCGGAAUGGCUUAUUGAAAUGUAUACUCCUAUUUAGAAGGCUGAAGCUAUAGCAAGGUAGUUCUCAUGGAAGGAGUUCCCCUUAGGAAUUACUCCAAUCAAUACUCUUUAC